AGCUCAUCCGACGUGGACGCGACGGCUAGUGCGCUCCGCGGUUUACGCGAAAACAAAACCCCACAACUCCAGAGCCGCACUGUCAGACAGAGGGCAGAAGAUGCAGUAGAAGCGGACACUGUGUAAGAGUAUUGUUUUUUUUUGUUACCCCCAUCCCAACGCAUACCAGUUCGUUUUUCGUUGUGUCGGAGAAAAGAACGUACGGUUCGCAAAACGCAGGUUCGGCGUGAAUGGUCGUUUAAAUCUCCCGUGCACCCGUGAUGUGAACGAUCGUCUGCCGCGUGUGAGUUUAUGGUGACGGGAUUGAAGAAGCGAAAAGGCUGCGAUAUUUACACGCAGAAUCCCUCCAUUCCCGUCCCCGCUGUGUCUUCGUUAGGGGUGGAAUGUUUUAACGGAGUAACGAUCGGAGGGAAACUUUUCUGCUUCAGGUUGAAAAGUCAUCCCCAGGUGCCCGUGCCUCGUUGAUCGGGUCGCACACCAACACUAGCACGAUCACUGGUGGGGUGGAAGUUCGUCUGUGGAAAACAACGAAAGAGGAGCAAAACGAGUGAAUAGCAUAAAAAAACAAACGCCCAACAAAGCAAAAGAAAAAGCUCCCCCACAGUGUGAUCAUUCUGACGGAACGGGCUAGUUGUUUGUGUGUGCGUUUGCGGCUGUGUUAGUAAAGGUGUGUAAUACGAUUGAGCUGUCAGUGGUAAAGAGAACAGACCUCAAGCAAAGCGAAGAAAACGCACAAUCUUAGCAUUCGACUGGAAGAAUCUUCGAAAGGAAAAGAAAGGAACGGAAGUGUUUUGUCGCUUGACUUACCCCUCCGGGCGUGUUGGAUGUUUCUUCGCCAGCUCCGUUUCGCGUCUCGUUCGCUGGUGCAGGUGUAUGCACACGAUCAUCACAGCACCAACACACUUGCACACUUACGCAGUACUUCCCUCGUAGCCGAACGCGGCAGGAAUUUAAAGUACGUUCGCGUUCGCUAAGAUAGCCCAUUCGAAGCGAAGAUCAGCCACUCAAACCAGAACCGGAAGCCCGGUGUGCAUUUAAAAAACCGGAACCUAAACGAAACGAAACAAAAAAAAAGCAUUUCUUCUAGUGAUUGUGCAUCCUACAUAAAACAGUGUGUUUUCUUAGCAGAACUACGCUCAAAGCUGCUCCAACCGCAGGUUGCCUGCUUACAUUUGCGUUUUUCUCUACCACCCCCGUCACCAAACAGCACCACCCCCUCUCACACACACGUUUGUGAGCACAAAGUUUUGUUUACACAGUGCACCCUUCCUAGCGCAACUGAAACUGGGAAAAGCGCCACAUUUCGAUAACCAUUUUGAAUUUUCUUCGCGCACCUGUCGAAGAACCAAUUUCAAGAUUGGUACACACUUUAACGCACAGAAAACCUACAACACGGAACGCGUCCCGCUUUCUCGUUCUUUUCGUUGGAAGAAGUUUCUAAAAAAAAGGGCCACACUGUCGGAGGGCAGAUAGGCGACACAGUUAAACAAAAACAACCUGCAUCACCGGCUCUCGUGUGACAGUUCUAGAAGUGUCAAGUGAAGGAAAAGCAUAAAGGUUUGCUGUGUUGUUUUGUUUCCCACACGGUCAGCAAACGGUGUGUAUUCAAAAAGAAAGAAAAAAACAUAGCAACAUAAGAAUUUUACCAUUUGUCGACUAGUGGAUCGUAUAUAUUUGUUUAUGGUGUUUUCUUGCUGUGUGCUGAGUGUGAUUUCUGCAAACGAUCGUAUGAUCUUGUGCUGUGUUGCUACCGAACAGCAAGUGAAUUAUGUGCAUCGGUUGCUUUGCUGAAAGAAGUUGUACACCGCUGUAAUAAUUGGUAAAAAAAACAUACCACUUCAAUCCCAAAGCAGCAGCAGCAGCAUUAAUAGCAGCAACUCAGCAGAAUUUACAAAAGCACAGAACAUAACACAGCACCGACUCCAAUCGGUGCCCAAAACAUUGAAGGAAAAUCCUCACUAAGUGAUCCUCACACACCUACAACCGUGUGUGUGUUGGUUGUGCAUGAAACCGACCUCACAAUCAUCACCGCACAUCCACCGUACGCCGUGAACAACGUGCACGGUCCGGUGCAGUGGCGUGUAAUUAACGGCAUUCAGUGGCCCUUCGGUCGGACCUUCCUGCACCGGCGGUUCCCUUGUCGCCCUACUACGCUCGUGAUCUUACGCUCGAACGAAGGCACCGUAAACCAUCUGAACGAAUAAUCGAGCCGCAGAAAAAAAACUGGCCGCCGACGCCACCAUCGAUUAGCUAAUACCAGAACGCAAGGAUCGCAAAAAAAGGAAAAUCAGCUCCGCACGACGCACAUUACGCUCCUGCUGUAUGCGUGCAUCCCCUCCAUUACCGGCCGCAGUUGCAUCAUCGAACACACUCUGCCCAGUGUGCGCCCAGUGCCAGUACCACUACUAACACCUGGCAGAUACCAGGCACCGUCCGUAGUAGGCACAAACGAGAGCCGACGCAUCGAUCCGUUCGAGUGCGCGCAUAUUGGGAAGGGAAAUCUUGACGCUCGUUCCGCGAGAACUUGGCGCAAUCGAGUUCAAGGCACCUGUUCGGACAGGGCGCCAACCAUUGCACAGCGAAGUCAACGAACGCCCGUGUAGCUAAAGAAUCGGAGUCGAGCGGACAACGAGAGCUUCUAGUUUCUAACGUCAAGCUAGCCCGAACGGUGCUUGCGACGCUGUGCGCGCAUAUUUCCAGUGUUCGAUCGAUCGUGGAUCAUUUGAGAUCGAUCGAACUCUUAGCGUGGUAUCUCGAGCACAAAGCAACCCUCUAAGCUUCUUCCAUUCGGUGUCCCCAGGGGUGUGUUACGAAACUGCAAUAUAGAGUGUCCAUUAGAAGGGUUAUUUGGAGCACAAAUCUCAUUCCCGUGUGCAUUGUGUGUGCGUGUGUGUCUGUUGGUCUGUAUCGAAGAGUCUCGUAGUUCGAGCAGAAGUGCGCCAUUUUGUAGUGUUUCUUUCGCUCAAGUAUCCUAAACCGCGAGUGUUUCGAUAUCAUUGUGGUGUUGUAUUCAAUCGAGUGGUCUUUGUUUUAGCUUUAAUGUUUAUACUGCUUGCUCGAGAAGGUCCACCAGUUUGCCAACUUGCAGCAGUUCCGAGGCAGCGUUGAACAUGUAGUCUGAAGAGCGUACCCAUAACUACAUGUAAGCGAGAAAAAAAAUACGCCAACUUCUGCUGCGAGUUGUUUAGAAAUUUACCGCUGGCUACUGUGCAACCGCUACAAGGCCCUGGGCUGAAGUUUGAAGUGAGUGUUUCGGUGUUGUUGCUUUAUUCGAGUGCUAGUGGUGGUUGGAAGCUAGAAUAAACAUGGCGGCGAAUCGAAAGCACUAUUCCUCCAAAGAGGACAUCCCCAAAGAAGGAGACGAAGGUGGUGGCAGUGAUGAGGGUGGCGGUGGUGAUGGUGGUGGCGGUGGAAGUAGUGCAACGACCGAAUCAUACAAGCAUGGCAAGGACGUGGUGGACUUUGUGCUGACAUCUUCAAAACCAAACAGCGCGUCCGUAACCAAUGGGAAGAAAGGACAGGAAGAUUCAGUCACAAAGACCGGCGUAACGCUCGACAAGUUCAACAUAUUCCACCUACGCCGGAGACCAAAAAGUGACCCCGGUACGGGACCAAUUGCAAAGCACGCUGCGAGUCAACAGAUCGCAUCACAGCAAACGACUAAUGGCGCAGUUCCGCCAGCCGGUGCAGACGAAACGCUCAAGAAGAAAAAGUCACGCUUCGUGAAGAGUGCUUCGAUAGCGCGCAUCUUUGGCAAUACCUACAAUACCAAAAAGUACGAUGACAGCAGUGCCCUGCUCAAGCUGCAGCAGUUCAAGCGUAGCUUCCUGAACAGUGAAAAGUUCCACAAGAAGGACAGCGGGGCUGGUGCGCCCGAGGACAACGAUGACGGAGAGCUGCAAAUUGGAGACUCGUGCUAUGUGAAUGAUAGUGAGAACAGUGCAAAGGCAAUCAAGUCGAUCACACGCGGGCUGGGACGUUUGCUGAGGCGAAACUGUCACAGUAUCGAUAUUAGCCGGCCGGAUCCGGAGUACAAGGUGUCUUACCUCGGCAACGUUCUUACUGGAUGGGCGAAAGGUGAUGGAUGUGUGGAGAAACCACUGGCUACCCUGUGGCGUAACUACACCCAAAACAGUAAACCGGACGUGAUGAUGAAGCUGUGUCUAUGCCCAUCCGGUCUGAAGGCGACUACCCGCCAGCACGGCCUUACCGAGUACUGGUCGCAUCGGAUCACCUACUGCAGCUCGCCAAAGAACUAUCCGCGGGUGUUCUGCUGGAUAUACCGGCAUGAAGGCCGCAAGCUGAAGCAUGAGUUCCGCUGUCACGCGGUCAUUUGUUCCAAAGAAACGAUCGCCCAGGAGAUCAGCACCAUCCUGAAGGAAAACCUAGCCAAAGCCUUGCGUGAAUUUAAACGCGACAAACUAAACCGCCAGAAUGCCCGCCUCAGUCUGGCAAACAGUGUGUACGACAAUCCAAGCAUGCCCCGACGGAAGAUCAUGUUGAGUGUCGGUGGUAACAACUAUAGGCCACCGCUCGAACGCUCCAAAUCCGCUCCGAAGCUGAUGGCCAUCGAGGAGAUGAUUGGCGAGGAGGACGAAGAAGAAAACGAAGCGCAAGAAGGAGAAGGAGCGAUGGGUGGCCGCGCCUCUAAAGCUGGAACCAGUAGCGGUGGCAGUACGGUGGUUGAAGCCUGCUGCCGAGAGGAUGCUCUCUUCCCUUCGACCACCCUAGGACGUCGGCGAUGUCGACGGGGUCAUUCGAUACGACGAUCGCGGUUGCGGAACUCCUUCAAGUCACCGAAGGACGUGGAGGCGCGUGUACCGCUCAAGAAUGAGAACAUCGUGCACGUGAGUCCGAUGAACAAAUCGGUCGACUCUAUUCUGGACACAAUCAGCCAAGAGGAUGGUGAAGAGGAUGAGCGUGAUUUGGCGAGGGAAGACGGGGAACCUCAAUCGGAGGCCAGUUUGAAACAGAUGGAAACGAACCCCAAUUCGAAGAUGGGUAAAUCUUCAAAGUUAUCCCACAACUCCGACUCGUCAGAGGAUGACUUCGAAGCAUUCCUAGCGCACUAUAAUUACAACUCGAGCGAACCGCUCUCGACGGAACUGAUCUCGUACUUUGACAUGAAGCUUAACCCGGCCACCGUUUGCAGCAUGCACGACCUCAGCCAGCACCAUGGCAGUCUGCCAGUAACGUUGGAAGACACACAACGGCUAGCGCUCAGUUUGGACGAUUUGGACAAUUAUUCGCUGCCGGGUGUUGUGGGCGAAUCGGAAACACCUGAGGUAAGAACCCGCGAGCUGAAGGACCGGGAUGUGGAUCUGGAAACGGAUGAGGUAUUCUUCAACCAGGACGAGGUGUUGGAAAUGCUUCGCACGGCUGCAGAAUCAGCCGCAUCCGUUUCCCAUCGGCGUCUGUCGGACGAACGGCUUCGACAUUCGGGUUGCCUACAUACCGAAGACGACACGGCACCACCGUCGCUACUGUGUGUAACGAGCAAAUUGCAGGCGGCCGGUGGCUCAACCCACCCGGACAGUGACGAAGGGUCCAUAUCGAGUGGCUGCGAAACGUCCAGCACGGUAACGACCAACACGGACGACUCGGGAGCAAGUGGUAAUGGGUCGAUGAUGGGACGUAGCGCCACAGUGGUUUCCUUAGGCAAGCCAGGAUCGGUGCUGGAACGCGUCCGUAGUUUUGAACAGUUGGCCGAAAAUCAAGUGAUCCACGUGCCGCUCGGUGAACGUACCGGACACCAAGUGCCGCAAGACGUGGGCAGUGUCACAUCCUCGCCGGAACUGAUUUUCAAGCGGAGCAUCACCUUCCCAGCACCAGGCGUAAAGUCGAGCUUUCUUAUCCCAAUGACGAUGGCCGGAAGUGCAACCGGCGCUAGUGAGCCGAUCGAUUCGCCGCUGGACUCGUUAAACAGUUCGCUUGUCGAAGCACGAAAGGACGACGAAUCUCACCACCAGACGACCAAACCGAAGGUGCGCCAGAUGCGCCUAAAGUCAACCGUGGCCGCAGUCAACACCGAGCUGAUCAAUCAUCUGCAGGCGAUCGAUUCGGAUUCCGAGUUUAGCGACGAGUCCGGUUACGUCGAGUUCCAGGACAAUCAACCGUCGAUAAAAUCGGUCACAGCUUGAUACACGGCGUCGAAAGCAGAUGAUCGUUGUUAAUGCUGCUAGUUCAAGAAAUGUAGGAUUCUUUAAGGAUAUUGAUCCGUUUACCGUUGUCGUCAGUGCGAGUUCGUGUAGGAACUUGCACCUCGGGAGCAAGAUUAGUAUUUUCAAACCCAUAAUUUCUUAGCUAGGCUUACGUGGCUAUUGUUACAGUUACUAGUAGUACACUAAUUUAAUGCUCUAGCACAGAUACGAUCCUCGUCAGGGGGUGUACGUGUGAAACACAAAGCAACCAAGCGUGUCUGCAAUUAAAUUUAUUGUUUAAUUUCCAUUUCCGUUAGUCUAAACCUUUGCUACAUUGUUGUGCAGUGUGACGAAGAAGAAUGGUCCCAUACAGGACUCGAAGGGUAGGCAAAUAGAGGGGGAAGCAAAACGGGGCAAUGGGCGGAAAAGACUCCUCCUUCCUGGCAAACUGUUUGCUACUGCUUCGUUGUUAAAGAUUUAGCCUUACCGUACAGUUAGCCGCUAGCUUAAGCAGUUGUAUUUCGAUCGUAAUCGCCAGAAAAUGUUUUGGCAAUUCAGAGCUGGCACACAUUAACUGGCACUGGUACGCCCAAAAAAGGGCAAACCGAUGGCACGAUCCAAUCAGAUACCAAAUAAAUUAUUUUAUAAUCAAUGUCCAUACAGUUACAGACAGCAAGCUACGCUUAAUUAUAACAUGGAAAUGGCAAAUGGAUAUUAUGUUGGUGCCCACGCACUAAUAGCUAAAUGUGCUGAUGAAUCUUACUCCGGAAGAUAUUGAAAUGUAUUCUCUCCAAUAGUAACUGACUAUACCAGGGAUAGAAAAUUGCACCGCAAAACGAUCUUUUUCGCUUUCCUUGAUGCAGGUAGGGUAGACAAACUCCUCCAAACAAGAACCUGUUCACUCCCACCAGACCCACUAGUUGUUGUGUUUUUUUUUUACUGUCGCACAUUAAGGAAUUUAGUAGACUGUGCAGAUUCUGCUACGUACAAUGGCACGCCGAAGAAGUAAAAGCUUCCGAAUGGCACGGCUAAUACAUAUAACUGCGCAUUAUGGGAACAUGGGAUCACAAACCGAUAACAUACAGUUAACCGUGGGAGCAAAGAUAAGGUAGUACGUACUAAUACGAUAACUUGCAUAUAAGAAGAGCGAAUAAUGUUGUUGGACAUUGUACAGGAUGGAUGGCACAGCGAGAGAAACGAGUGUGCUGAAUGCAUGGAAGCUGGAAAACCAAGACAUUAGACAUUAUAUUAAGCCAGUGGAAUUGUUGUUUUUUUUUUCUCUCACUCUCUACUCCACGGAGAUCAUGUUUAAGGAUCUGGGCAGGGAACGAGUAUAUUUAUUGAUACCCACGUUCGGAAAUGUUAUUCUUCCUUGUAUUUGUCACAAGUUUCUAUGAAAAAUAAAACAUUAAACUGAAA